AUGGCGGCCGAGGGGUCCCUAAAUGUCAUCGCGCUCGUGUCGGGCGGCAAGGACAGCUUCUACUCGCUGCUCCACUGCCUAGCGAACGGGCACCGCGUCGUCGCUCUGGCCAACCUCCACCCAGCAGCUGCUGACGACGCAAGCGCCAACAGCGCCAGCACCAGCGGAAGAAGCCCAAGCCCAAGCCCACGGCAUCAUCGUCCCGGCGAGACGACCCGGCAUCAGCACGGUGCGCGUGCAGCCCUCGACGGUGAUGGGGACGACGGACGGCAGGAAGUGGAUGUGGUGGAGGAGGAGGAGCAGGAGCAUGAAGAGACGGACCUGAACAGUCUCAUGUACCAGACCGUCGGGCACCAGGUGAUCCCCCUCUACGCGCAGGCCACCGGGCUGCCUCUGUUCCGCCAGCCCAUCGUGGGGACCUCGGUCCACCACGGCGUCAGCUACCAGCACGACUCCAAGCACCACCAGAACCAGAAGAAGCCCAGACCAUCGACAGGGCCUGACUCAGCAACACCACUACUGUUAUCGUCCGCGCCAGAGGGGCAAGGCACGACGCACGGGACCGAAGGAGGCCACGACCACGACCACGCUCACAAUCAUGAGCACAGGGAUGAGCACAGGGCCGAGGACGAGGUCGAGGAGGACGAGACCGAGUCCCUGGUCCCGCUCCUGCGCGCCGUUCUGAAGGCGCACCCAGAGGCGAACGCCCUGUGCACGGGCGCCAUCCUAUCGACGUACCAGCGCACGCGCGUCGAGUCCGUCGCCCUGCGCCUGGGCCUAGUGCCGCUGGCCUACCUGUGGCAGUUCCCCGAGCUUCCGACUGCUGCUGCUGCUGCUUCCCUGUCAUCGUUGUCGUCGUUGUCGUUGUCGUCAGGGCCGGCGGCACAUGACCUUGGAUGUAGUAGUGGUGGUGGUAGUGCAGGACAGGCCGGUAGUGGUACUGGUGGUGGUGGUGGUGGUGAUGGUGCCGGUGACGGUAAUGAUGACGCCCAGCUCCUCCGCGACAUGGCAGCCGUGGGUCUGGACGCCCGCAUCAUCAAGGUCGCGAGCGCGGGGCUCGACGAGGACUUCCUCUGGGCGAACGUGGCGAGCGUGGCCGGGGCGGGGCGGGUCCAGCGCGCCAUGCGCCGCUUUGGGGGUGCGGGCAGUCGGGGCGCGGUCAUUGGCGAGGGCGGCGAGUUCGAGACGCUGGUCGUGGAUGGCCCGCGCUCCUUGUUCAAGGGUCGCAUCGUGGUUCCUGAUGCGGCGCGCCGCGUCGUGCGCGAGGGGGGCGGCUGUGCUUGGUUGAGUAUCGGGGAGGCGAGCGUUGAGAUGAAGAGAGAUGUUGUUGACGGUGAUGGUGCCGAUAUUGGUGCUGAUCGUGAUCCUUCGACACCGCAAGGGGCAGGCGUUCGCAUACCUGCGCUCCUGGACCCGAAGUUCGAGGACAUCCUGCAAUCACUAUGCCAUGAGGAUCAGCACAUAGACCUCGUCAACCUACCACGGGACUCACCACAGCCCGAGCUCCCGAGAUGGAGACUCCCGCGGCACCCUGAAGAGGGAGAGGAAUGGUGUUUCUACGGCGGUCGUGGCCACCUGACCGUCGAGGACCAGACCGCGGAGAUCGUAGACCAGAUCCGGGGCCGGCUGCAAGAGCGGUCUCUGCCUGCAAAUGCCAUCACCAACACCGUCAUCGCCCUGCGGCGCAUGUCGGACUUCCCCGUAAUCAACCAGCUCUACGGGUCGCUAUUCCGCGAACCCAAUCCCCCCUCCAGAGUCACCAUAUCAUGCUGCGACGGCCUACUACCCCAGGCCGCCACCAUCGCCAUCUUCCUAAGUAUACAACCCCGUCUAAGGCCCGAUGACAGACGCGGUCUGCACGUCCAGUCCCGGUCGUACUGGGCGCCGGCGAAUAUCGGUCCCUAUAGCCAAGCUGUUGCCUUCCCUUUGCUGCCGCCGUCAUCAGCUGGAGAUGAUCAGAACAGUCCACAGCAGCACUCUCCUCUCGCGGUAUGCAUAGCAGGCCAGAUCCCGCUCCUCCCCGCCUCCAUGGUAUUGCCUUCUUCCUCAACCCCAGAUGACUUCCGGCUCCAAACCACGCUCGCGCUGCAGCACCUCUGGCGCGUCGCUGUUGAGAUGCAUGUGCAGUGGUGGACCAGCGCCGUCGCCUACCUCCCCCGCGCGCCAUCCGCCGAGGCCGCAAGACACAGAGCCCAGCUCGCAGCUGCGUCGUGGAGGGCAGCGCACCUGUGGUCUCAAACCUCGGGUUCUAGUGGUGAUGAGGAGGAGGCGGGCCCCGAUCUCUGGGAUCGCAGGUAUAAUACGGAGUUCAUGACGUACGGCGACGGGGAGGCGGGUUCUGUGCCGCUGUUGCCGGACUGGGAGGUCUUGGCGGGGUUUGAUUUCGAUGAUGAUGAUGAUGAUGAUGAAGUUGACGGCUCGGGGUUGAAAGGGGCGAAAGAGGCGAACCUCCCGUUCAUGUUCACGGCCGAAGUCGAAGAGCUCCCCCGACAAGCGGGCGUGGAAUGGCACGCGCACGUCGGGCUCGCGAGGCUGGAGGCUGGUUCUGUGCGGCUGUUUUCUGUCCGCGACGUGUCGGUGCCAUUGCAAUGGGGAGCGCCUGAUGACACACUGCUCGACAUCCACCACGUCAUCGUGGAGUGCGGCGACGGCGUGUAUAUCCAGAGCACGACCGUCCUGCAGAAGAGCCAAGCCGUCGAUUCCGUGGUGGUUGAUCUGGGAAUUAUCGAGUUCGUUACGAAUGCCGUGGGGACCUCGCUGAAUAAGGUGUUUGUGUCGGAGGUGUUCAAGCUGUCCUCCGAAGAGAAGGGUCUGUUGAGGCGGAAGAUCACGUAUAUUAACGCCUCGCAGGGGGUGGACUUUGGCGUGCUGUCUGGGAUAGGGGCGCUUGUGCCGUGUAGAUCUUUGUGGGAUUCCUGGGGCCGGCGACUGGGUUUGGUGGCUAUCUAUGAGACGAGGUUGGUGAAAAGUUAG